AUGGCCUCUACGCAGAAUGCAGCAGGACAAGCAUUGGCUCAAGCUAAAGAGCAAGUAGCAAUAUUAAAACAGGAAUUGGAUGCUAUUGCUCAAAAGAUGGGCGAACUGGAACAAGAACGAGACGAGCAUCAACUCGUGUUGGAUACGAUAUCACCAAUGGAUCCAGAAAGGAAGUGCUUUCGUCUAGUAGGUGGUGUCUUGGUGGAACGAACAAUACGCGAUGUGGUGCCUGCUGUUACUACGAAUAUGGAAGGAAUAAAACAAAUCAUCACACAACUCCAAAACUCAUACAAGGCAAAGGAUGCUGAUUACAAGACUCUUCAAAAGAAGCACAAUUUGAAGUGA